AUGAUGACCAAGAAGACAGACUUGCCUCCCCUGCCGAUUGCUGGAAGUGAAGGUGGUGGCCGUGAACGUGACUAUAACCUGAUUAAUCCAUUCUUGGACAUUGUAUUUGCCAGAAAAGCCAAUGGAAACAAUUUUACAAAUGGUGUCAAGGCACCACUGUCUGCCAGGUUGAAGGAACUUCGACAUAGCCUGGUAAUGUCGAAUAGCUACACAUUUGUAGUCCCAACUACUAAGAUCCUAGAAUGGUCUGUAGAUAGAGAGACAUUGUUGCCAUAUCGUGAUCUAUUUCUACAGGAUGAUUGUAUUUUCUCACAUAUAAUCCAGAUUCCUCCAAUGUCUAGAAACAAUCAGAGGGCUCGGUAUUAUCCAACAGUCAACGGUAAAACUAUUAUUAUCAAAGAUGGUUAUGUUCAUACUCAUAAGGGAUUCAACAGAUAUGUUAGAUCGGCUAUUGUCAGUGAAUAUGUAUUUUAUCCAGCUUGCGACUUUUUACCACCGGGAGCAGAAUUCCUGGUAUAUGAAGUAGAAGUGCCAUUAAUUGGAACGCCGAUGUUGAGUGCUGAGAUCAGCCCGACUAUAGCCACCAAAUAUGAGAUGGCCGUGCCAGCUAAAAACACAUUCACUAAAAAUUCGGAGGAUAAUCCGUCUUAUUUGCUGAAAAAUACAGCUCCAGCCGAUCUAGAACGAAUGCUGUCGGCAUAUCCACAGCUAAACCGUCAGGUUCUAGGACCGAUGCUGAUACUAAUAGAAGAGUUUGACUGCUCUAAUUGUACAUCAGAAGACGAGGUUUUAUCGCUUUUUGAUUCAGUAACUGAAGAAUCUAUGCAGAAGUUUAAACAAGGAGACGCCUCCUCAAUACAAUCUCUGGCAAGAGAUAACGAUCUCAAUGGAGAUGAUAUUACAGACAGUAUAUAUCGGUUUGUGGAGAACAGUCUCAGUGAUCAGAUCUGGCAGAAACUGAUUGAAAUUCGUGAAGAAGCAGAUUCGAAUCUCACGAAAACAAUUAGUACUAUUGAGAAUAUCGAUAUAUCGCAGAUCGGACUCCCUGAAGACUUUUCCACGGAAGAACUUUUUACAUUGGAUAGGAAGGUUUGGAAAGCUGCAAAAGAACUAGGGACAUUAAGUGAACUAUCGUCAGCAGAAGAUAAAAUAGAAGUCAUCCUCAAAGUCAUUCAUAUUCUGAGUAGUUCAGAACCUGAUGAAAGUAUGAAAGCAAAAACACUACACGAACAUGGAAUCACUGGCACUCUCCAGUCUACAGUUUCUUCAGUUAAUGGAGGUGGGGGAAAUGGCCGUGGUACCAGCGAUACUGGCAGUACUCAGGGCCAAGCAAUUACCGUUGAACCGAAAAUGCCUGUAAUGCAGGGUCCUAAUGUUAAUGCCGAUAUCCUGGUGAGCCUUCUGCUGGUAGUUGUUUGUCGGUCAGGGCUGAAAUAUCUCGAUACAGACCUAUUCUACGUCAGAAACUUUACAUAUCGCGAUUCGGAAUCUGGUCAACUUGGAUAUGCGCUGUUGACUUUAGAAGGCGUCUUGUUUCACAUUGUCAACGAGCACAAGCAGAUCUCUCCGUUGUCAGAUCAGAACCUGAGACUAUGGCAGUUCAUCAAACAGCCACCUAAUGCAUCUACCUGUACCGAGACAUAUCUUCGCACGCUGUCAAAAGAGCAGACCUCGUGGAAGACUAUUGUUCGAAGCCGAUCACCUACUGGCGAAUCGAGUCUCAUGUUAGCUAUCCAGAACAAACAUAUGGGUGCUUUUCAGGCACUUCUAUCAAUAGACGAGUCAGGUAACUCUAUUGAUUUUAAAGAUCGCAAGAAAGGCGAUACGAAGAUGGUGUUUUCUAAGGAGUAUUUAUUAAACGACACAACUGACAGUGGCACUACGUUACUCAUGGCUGCUGUUCACACUGAAGACAAGUCUAUCAUCAACCAAGUUCUCGAGGUAUUUCUUGAACUGGAAGAGCAGGACAUCAAGCGAUACCUGUCGUUAUCAGACAGCUGGAGCCGGUCAGUUAGCCACUACUUUUUUAAUGCCCCUUGGUUAAUCGAGAGAAUCGGACAUCUGAUAUGUUGGGAGCAAAGAGAUCAGAACGGGCAAACACCACUGUUUGCACUCUGUAGAAGCUACGACCAUGCCGAUUACAACUAUCUCAUGACAGCCGGAUUCAGAGCCUGGAGCGAAAGUGUUCAAAAGUUGCGACCUGACGAGCAACCCAGCAUCCUCGACCAUAUGGACAACAAAGGCAACACUCUCCUCCACAUAGUCAAAGACCGGCACGCAGUAGAACAGGUGCUGAAGUACGACGUAGCCAUCAACUGGCCCAACGAAAAGGGACUCACACCACUCAUGGUCUACAGCAAAUACUCGCGACUCAGUGCCAUCUUGUCACUAUCCCAACAACCGCUCAUCGACCUCGAACGAACCGACUUCCGCGGUCUCAAUGCCCUGGAUCUCGCCAAAGAAAUCCAGACCCUGAACAUUCUCGACGGUAAGUGCUGUGGACUUGCUUCCGGCGGCUGGGGCUCCGCUCCAGACCCUGGUUGCUCCUGUUUCGCAGGAUAUGGCGGGUCCGAGACGCAACGACUCGAGCGUAGCGAGAGGAGCCGGGGGGUCUGGGGCGCAGCCCCAGCCGCCGGAGGCAGUGGUACUAACAGAAGUAGAAAUCUUGGCGUUUUCGAAAGAUCCUAUCAACGGACGGGUGACGUUGAUCACGCGAGUGUCGUUUGUUAA